CCGACCAUAUCGGUUCCGUUUCUCCUUGAGCGUAUUUUUACCGAAGAGAACAACAGAGCCCGACGAUGAGAAAUAAAUAAUUCACUCGUCAUUGAAUUUUUUUCGUGAAUUUUUCCGGUGAUAUCUGGACUAAAGAGGGAAAAUGGAGCGAUGAGGGGGAGCACGGGGUGUGUAAAAGUAGGAAAUGGUUUAUUUAUUUCACACCGAGUGGUUUGAGGGGCACGCAACGGUGGUCGAGGAGGAAAAGUAACAGGUAAACCAUAAAUGUGAAGGAUACGAGGGGACAAAAGAAUAUACUGGAAGUGAAUGUAAAAGAGGUUUGCCGUGGAAAAGUUCAAAUGCAAGAGAGCCGGAAGUGAUGCUCGGUAGAUGCCGGAUACUCGGAUUGUCCCCGAAAUGUGAGGCAGGGAAAUGCGGCUGGGAGCCAGUGCCACACUGAGAAGGGAUUAAAAAAUUGAAAGCAUAUAAAGGAGCGCUGUGACGAGAGGAAUAGAGAGGAACAAAGAAGUGAAAGAGAGAUUGACGGUGAAAAAGUGUAGAUGAUUGCUCUCGGGCACCAGCGGGACGUCAAACUGCCGUCCUGGUGUUGGCCGAUUCCACUCGACGCCUCGUGAUUCCAUUUGCCAGUUCUAGUUGAGAGUCCGCUUUUUUUUUUUAUGUGACGCAAUCGGCAUCGGUAACGCGACGAAGGGCAUCCCGCGAGGGAGUUUUGUACGGGAAUUUCAGACACUGGAGGAGACAACGCUCGACAUUCAAAAUGUUGCCGACAAACGUCAUGUCCUUUAUGAAGAAGAUGGUGACGACCCAACCCGAAGCAACGACAGCCGACACAGUAACACCCGAGGAUACGGGUACGACAUUCAGCAAACUUCGCCAAUUAAUGACAGUGACUGGAAAUG